UCACCUCUCACGAUUAUUUGCAUAAAAAAGUAAAUACUACUAAAUAGAUAUAUAAAUAGAUUAUUUGUUUCGUGAAAAGUAGAAAAUUCGAUUAUCCAAAUAUUUGAAUUUGAUUUACUAUAAGAAUUACUAUAUUCAGUGGUCAUUAGUGUAUUUUAAUUUAUAACAAAUUGUAAAUUGGAUUUAAAUAAUCUUAAAUUUACAGCCAUCAAUAGCUAAUUAAAUAACUAAUAAGUACUGGAACAUCAAUAGGUAUUGUUAUACCUGCAGAGAUUUUUAUAAAUAUGGCUGUUAGCCAUUUUGAUGAAAAAAGUGGUAUUGUACCAUGUCGUACAGAAUGGGGUAGAUGGUGGCAAACUGUGGAUGAAUUACAUAUUGAAGUAACACUGCCAGCUAAUACCAAAUCUAGAGAUGUCAAAGUCAAUGUCACUAACUCAAGUAUUACUUGUCAAAUAUCAGGGAAAACUUUAUUUUCUGGCAAUUUAUUUAGAAAAGUCCGUGGUGAUGAUACUUUAUGGACGUUAGAGGACAAUGGUACUUUGUUAAACAUUGUAUUAUCAAAAGCAGAUUUUUCAGAGAAAGAAACUGUUUGGGAAGCUAUAAUGAAGGAUGGCUCAUUUAAAGCAGAUCCUAUAACAUAUAUUGAAAUGUCAAAAAAAAUGGAUCUAGAAAAACUACAAAUUAAGAUUUUGUAAUUCUUAAUUUUGAAUAUUCUUAAUUAUUAUUGAAAAAAUAGUUCCCAGGAAUGGACUUCAGUAAUUCAGACCUACAGAAAAAUUACGAUUCUAUACCAGGACUCAGUAAUACAUUAUAGAUUUAGUAUACUUAGAUUAGAUUCUAAACUAUAUUUAUAUGAUUAAAUUUUUGUUUUUUAAACAACAAAAAUGUAAGUAAUAAAAAUGACUGUAUGUUAAGAAUUUAAUUUUAUAAUGACUAUUAUUUUUGUUUAUUCACCUUAAUAUAUUAUUAAACAGUCCUAUUG